UAUGCAGAGUCGUUUAAGGUUAACGUCAUGACACCCGUGCAAUAGGGAUAUUAUACCAGUAUCAAUAACAUCAACAUCAAUAAUAAUAAUAAUAAUAAUAAUAAUAAAUAUCGUCUAAUACAGCUAAAAAAAAAAGACUAAUAAAGCUCAUAGUGGUCGUGUACAACAUCAAAGUCUGCAUGUGUUGUAGGCAAGACAGAGACACCGGACCGUACACUGGGGUGUAGACAUGAAUUGGAUGUUUGGACAGACACUCUAUAGGUGAAAAUGGCAGCUCUGGAUUGUGAGUUUAAUCUUAACGGGAUUCCCGCGGAUGAUAUAGCAACCAAUGAGAUGAUUUGCCUUGAGCCUCAGCACAUGAUCGAUAGAUGGAAAAGUCAUUUUGAUAAGUAUGAUAUUCUUGGAAAAGGAGAAAUAAGUAAACAAGAUUUUCAAGAAUUAAUGGUAGAUCCGCAAUUUCAAGAGGAAAUUCCAUCCCAUAAAUUGGAUAUCCUUGGUUCGAAGAUGAACACAGUCGAUCAUCUUUCAUACCAAGAAUUUGUUAACAUAAUGAGCAACAAAAGAAAUCCAAGCUUCCGACUGGCUGUGCAGAGCCGAGAAGCUGUGGACGGCUGGAGCGACAAUUUUGUCUACCUUCAGAGCAGGAAGGAUUCUCGUUUCAGAAGAAUGGUACGCAAGAUUGCAAAGGAGUUUCUUACUGAUGAACUGGACAGACAGUACUAUGCUGACCGCUACAGCUGCUGGCCUCCACCCAUCUUUGUACCAGUAAUUACUUUAAUGGAGGUGGGAAGUUUCAUCUACCAUUGCAUUGAUGCUGGUGAGAUCCGCCCAAAUGGUCCUGUGCCAAUGAACAGUCUAUUUAUAUACCGCCCGGACAAAAGAUUGGAGUUAUGGCGAUUUUUCUUCUAUAUGUUAAUACAUGCAGGAUGGGUUCACUUGUUUUUUAAUAUGUUAGUACAAGUUUUGGUUGGUAUACCUCUGGAAAUGGUGCAUGGAUCCUUUCGUAUUGGUGCUGUCUACUUAGCAGGAGUUCUAGCAGUUAUGACUUCCCAUCAUACAACACCACCUCUGCCGUAG